CUUCGCCUUGAGCUGCUCAGCUGUGCCGCAUUGUUUUCCUGCUGUUGCCGAAGCGAAUAAAAUUUGUUCAGAAGCCGCACAAAUGCCAAUAUUUCACAAAUCUAAAUAAAACAAUCCUAAAAAGUAUAACUUUAAGGUUUAAUUUGUAAAAAAGUGAUAGAUUAUCGGGAAAGUCCAAUGAAAUUUCAAUUCGUCAGGAAUACUCGUGAUUGUGUCCCAAAGGUGAUUUCAUAAAAAAAAGAGAAAGUCCCAAGUGAAAAUAAUUGAUAAUGCAUCGCUUGAAGUUGGAAUUCAAUCAACGGACAUGUAAUCUGGAAAAUAAUUGUCUAAUAAAUCAGCAUUCCACGAUAUAAUUCAGUCAAAACUUUGCACAGAUUUUAUUGAUUUUUCCUCAAUAAUUGGCCAGCAAGGAAAAGUGUCCUGCGAGAGAGAUAGUACUCUCUCCUGCGCUCUUUCGAGCCGUUUUCUCAAAUCCCUGCUCUCUCUCUCUCUUUUCUUCUUGUUUUGCUAAGCUCAUUCGCAAAUAAACAACUCACCUCUAAAAAAAAUCAUAAAAGAUGUAAAUAAAUAAAUAAAAAUCAUCAUAAAAUUGGUUUGCUAAAAUAUAAUAAUAAUAAAACAAACAUAAGCAACGGAAAUCGUAUCAACUUGAGUCAAGAAACUAAUUUUGAGAUCCCUGCACCCCUUCCUCCCAACCAUGCCAUAUAGCCGGAGCCCCCCUCGAAAUAAGCAGCAAUCCACGGGGGGCUCCGCCGGCUCCAGCGGCUCAGUCUCCUCCCUGAACUCCGCAAACUCCUCCAGCCAGUUGCUGGGCCACUACCAGUCUGCAUACGGACAUCAGGCUCACUCCCACGCCUGCUACCAGCACCACUUGCAACAGCAGCAGCAUCAACAUCAGCACCAACCGCCACAUCACCACCACCACGGAGGACGCACUUCCCUCACACCGACCAUGAAGCGCGGCAAGAAGCAGUGGGGCACGCGGGAGAGGUCCGGCAUGAGCUUCCUGAUAGUCAUCACCUUCUUCGCCGUGUUUGGUUUGAUUAUCCUGACCGAGGUCUUCAUGAUCGACGAGCGGACCCACAGCGGCAUGCUGGCCAUGAGGGCGGGUGGCGGUCUGGGCGGACGGAUGGGCGACUCGAUGCCGGAUUAUGAUAAUGUUAAGGACGAUUAUGAUCUAUUGGAUGCCAGUAUUUUGAGUGAUAAUAAAUUAGGUUUUAUACAGCUCCGUGACAAUAAACUAAAAAUUCAAGAAGCCGCAGGCGCCGAUGGCCAGCGUUUGGCGGGCAUGCUGCUCAAUGGCGGAGGUGGCGCGGGCGGAGGUGGAGCUGCUGCGGGGGCAUUCGGUGUGAAUGUACCGCUAAUACCCUGGGGCCAGGUGCUGCCCGAAAAGGUGGAGGACACGCUGCCACAUUUUCCAUUUGGCACUCGGCCCACAGACGGGGCCUGGCAGGUUGUCAACGGCACCAGGUUCAAGUUUUUUGUCUACUCCGCCUACUUCGAUCGCCGGGAGGGAACGCGCCUGGUGCGCGUGGUGGGCGCCACCAAGACCCGGGGCCCGGAGCGGGUGUGGUGUCGGUUCUGGUACGGCCCGGCCCCGUCCAACGCCACCGAGACGGGCUCCUCAGCAUGUGCCAAAUAUAGUUCGGCUACAGUCAUGGCCCGCGUGAAGAUCAUCCGUGAGAACUGGAACCUCAAGUACAGCGCCUGUUUCAUCCUCUGUCCGGUGCGUACCCCGCCCCUGGCCGUGCCCCAGUACGUCAGUGUGGUCUCCCGACUGAGGGCUCCGCCAGGCAACCUCCUCACGCUGCGCAACACCGACCAGGACCCGGACUUUGCCCCACGGAAUGCGAGUAACCCAAGGGCGGCCCCCUCGGCCCGGGCGAUACCCAGUGGCGAGAAUAUUCCCGAUCGCAUUGCCGUCUGCGUGAAGCCCUUCCACUUCAACUACGACCAGGCACUGUAUCUAAUGGAGUACCUGGAGUUCUACGCCCUGCUGGGCGUCUCCCACUUCACUUUCUAUAACCACACCCUGGGUCCCCAUGCCUCCUGUGUGUUGGAGAGCUACCAGAAGGGCAUGGUGCCCGGCUCCCUGACGGCCUUCGAUCUGGAGCCACUGCUUCCGGCGGAGGCGGCCAACAACGCCACGCCCCGCAUCCUCCAGUCACCGCAUUACCGACGUCCCACAGUUAGCAUAUUGCCGUGGAACCUUCGGAUGCGCAGCCAGAAGGAGAUCCGCACCGAAGGACUCUUCGCGGCCCUCAACGACUGCCUCUACCGGACCAUGUAUCGCUACAAGUAUCUGGCCCUGGUCGAUCUGGACGAGUUUAUUGUUCCACGGUACACGGACACGCUUAACGAUCUCAUCGGCUCCUUGAAUCAGCGCUUCAGGAAUCGCAAUACUGGGGCCUACUCCUUCCAGAAUGCCUUCUACUAUCUCCAGUUUGCGGACGACCCGCUGGCCAGUUCCGGAAUAGAAGGUGGCAGCGACCAGUUGGCCAGUGUUCGAGCCUCCCUAGUUACCCAAAGAAAGACUCGAAGGCGUUACAAGUUGCACCCCCAGAAGCAGAGAUCCAAGUACAUUUGCAAACCGGAGGCAGUGGUCGAGGCGGGAAAUCACUUUGUUUGGGAAUUUGCUCCUGGAAAGGGAUCUCUGAAUGUCCCGCCCAAGGAGGCCAUCUUACAGCACUAUCGAGUGUGCGAGUUCGGCGGCAACGACUGCAUCAAGGCGCCCUCGAUUGUGGAUCGAACGACCACGAAGUAUGUGAACCGCCUGGUCCAGCGUGUGGAUGCAGUGUACCGGCAUCUUCGCCAGCGCUGUGAUCUGCCAUCUCUGCCCCCGCUGCCAAAGCCUCAGAAGUCCGCCGAGGGGCAGCCUCAGAAGUCACCCGAGGGGCAGCCUCAGAAGUCCGCCGAGGGGCAGCCUCAGAAGUCACCCGAGGGGCAGCCGCAGAAAUCCCCAGAAGCACCAGUGAAGGCUCAGCCCAAACUUGAAAACCAGAUGCCAACAACGAUAAAAAAUGACAUAAAGGAAGGCUUAAAACCAGCAGACUCAGUGAAAGCCACAAAAGUAACAACUCCGACGACAACGACAACGAAGGCAACGACGAAGGAGGAGAAAUCAAAACCAAACACAACGACAAAGCCGAUGGCGAAUCCCAAACAAUCCCAGCCAUCGGCCAAUGUCCGCAAGAAACGGAAGCUGAUCGUCUUCGAGAUCAACGACUUUGGAGUGCCCGUGGCCCGGGUGGAGUAUCAAUGAGUGUGGGACAUGGUCGGCAACAUUUAGUUGGCCAAUUAGUUUGGUAAAAUAUUUUAGGUUGUGCUGUUUAUUUGUCCAUUGCCCCGAUGCUCAAAAACUGAUCUAAGGUAUUUGAAAAUUUGCUCAUUUUUAAGUUUUACCAAAAAGGGCCAUAAUGCACUGAGAAAAAUAAGAAAAAUACAAACAAAAGCCAAAGCAAUAGAGUAAGGAACUAGCAAAGCAACAUUUUAGCAACGAUAUCACCGAAAGUCGAGCAAUUGAUUCCAGCUGUGUUAUUCGUUAUUGCAAACAGAAUUAAUUAUUUAAGCACAUCCUUGAAUUUCUUUAGCGUUGUGAACUUCAUUUGGAGACUAUAUUUUAAUAUUUUCGGUGGUCGUAAUGCAAAAUUAUUCCUAUACAAAAUUCAAAAUAUUCCUAAAAUCAAAACACGCAUCUAUAUAUGUAUAUCUAAGUAUAAGCCAUUGUUUCGUGUUGUAGUCUAAGCAAUUAAAACUGAAAAGGCAGCAAUGAAAAUGAAACACAGAAUAAUUAAGAUGCCACAUACCACAUUUUCCCUGUGAACUGUUAGUUUUAAAACGCUUUCAAUCGCAAAAAAUUGCCACUUAGUCUGGGAAAAAUAGGUCCUCCGAGCUAUGCGUAUAGACUCUGCAUUAGUGGGCUAAGGAUAGUUUAGGCCUCGUUGCUAGUCUGGCAAUAAUAAAUUACUAAAACUAAAAACUAGUUAAGUCGCCAUACAAAAAACUAACGAAUUUUCAAUGCUUCGAACUUGAAUACUAUUUUGUUUGGCUUAGCGCGCAAAGAGUAUCAAAUACCAAAUUCAAAAAUACACAAAUAAGAUUAAAGAAUAACCUCAUUAUAAAGGGUCAGUAGGUUGUAAGAUGCUAAAAUUGAAGAAAUAAAUAAAACUAAAAUUAAGCAAACUGAAAAUUGUUUUUUUUUUU